UUGGCGUGGCAUAAUGGGUUUAGUACAAAAGUUGAAGGAGCACGGUGCAAUUUUCCCCAGCUGUGUUCAAGACUUCGAAGUUAAGCGGACGAUCAAGUGGUGACAGGGUCAGCCAUGGAAGGAGCGUCCGGCGAAGCAAAGAGGGAGAUCGUUAUAGUUGAAGAAUGGAAUGGCUCUUCUUCAACCAAGCUCUCAAAAACUGCCACCAUCACCGCUUCUCCUUCUCUUUCCAUCCAAAGAUCUGGUGGCCGUUUUGAUCACGUUUGGAGACGCGUGCUUCAAGCAUUUGUACCUGAGGGUUUUCCAAGCAGUGUAACAGCAGAUUAUGUUCCUUUUCAAAUAUGGGAUUCGUUGCAGGGCCUUUCCACUUACAUAAGGACCAUGCUUUCUACACAAGCUCUAUUGAGUGCAAUUGGGGUUGGAGAGAAAUCAGCGACUGUCAUUGGCGCCACAUUUCAGUGGUUUUUGAGGGACUUGACUGGAAUGCUUGGAGGGAUUCUAUUUACGUUUUACCAGGGCUCAAAUCUGGAUAGCAAUGCCAAAAUGUGGCGUUUGGUUGCAGAUCUUAUGAAUGAUCUUGGAAUGUUGAUGGAUCUUGUAUCUCCUUUGUUUCCUUCAGCAUUUGUAUUCGUAGUUUGCUUAGGGAGCCUAUCCAGAUCAUUCACUGGUGUUGCCAGUGGUGCAACCAGAGCAGCAUUGACCCAGCAUUUUGCCCUUGAGAAUAAUGCAGCAGAUAUAUCUGCCAAGGAAGGAAGUCAAGAAACAGUGGCAACAAUGACUGGCAUGGCAUUGGGGAUGGUCCUUGCUCGCAUAACAAUUGGAUAUCCCUUGGCUAUCUGGUUUUCAUUCCUCUCUCUCACCAUGUUCCAUAUGUAUGCAAACUACAGGGCUGUUCGGUGCCUUGUACUGAAAUCUAUAAAUACGCAAAGGAGCUCAAUUCUUUUGCAGCAUUUUAUGGAAACAGGCCAAGUUCUCUCCCCUGAACAGGUCUCGAGGAUGGAGCAUAUUUUACCCAAAUGGACAACAUUUUGGAGCUCAAAUAAUGUUAAAUUAUUGCAUAAGCAAAUACACUUGGGUGUGAGAGUUUCUUCACUUGAUCAACAGGAAAUGAAAGAGCUGUUGCAUUCUGCAGGAUCUCAUAGGAAAGCAAAGUACUUGCUAGUGGAGAGGAAGGGAAUCAUCAGCAUUUUGAUGCACAAAAAUUCAACAUCUUCAGAUGUCUUGCAAUCGUUUAUUCAUGCACUUGUUAUGGCAAAACUUACGGAAGAAACUACAUCUGUGCAUUCGGAGAGUCAAUCAUGGAUGGAUAAACAUUACAAAACUUUCCUUCAAAAAUUAAAUUCAUCAGGUUGGAAAACGGAACGUCUUCUUUCGCAUUCAAUCAUUUGGAGGGCAAACUGGAGAUGUGAGCCUUCAGAUGAUAAGGUUGACUAGGUACUCUCACCCAACUUUACUAUGGACUUUACAUUGAUAAGAUUUAUUUAGAAUGGUGACGGAACAAUUUAUGGAACUAUUUGAGGAAACUGAUGGUACUUUUGCCAACGAGAAUUUAUAUCUUCUCCGUGGCAGCUCUCAUAUUUAUAUGACUCGCUUGUCAAUAAAUCAGUGGUACAAAUAUUGAUAGCU